GUUCCUAAACUCACAUCGGUUUUUGCCGCUAUCUUGAGUCUGAGUCUCGCCCGAGAAGCUUGAAGAUAACAGAGGAAUAUGUCUCAUCGUAAGUUUGAGCAUCCACGACAUGGCUCUCUUGGGUUUCUUCCCAGGAAAAGAGCCUCUCGCCAUAGAGGAAAAGUGAAAGCCUUCCCAAAGGAUGACCCAAGCAAGGCUCCAAGGCUUACUGCCUUCAUGGGAUACAAGGCUGGAAUGACUCAUAUUGUUAGGGAAGUUGACAAACCUGGUUCAAAACUUCAUAAGAAGGAAACUUGUGAAGCAGUAACAGUUAUUGAAGUUCCUCCAAUGAUUGUUGUUGGUGUUGUUGGCUAUGUGAAAACACCUCGAGGUCUGCGAUCGUUGAACACAGUCUGGGCUCAGCAUCUGAGUGAGGAAGUUAAGAGAAGGUUUUAUAAGAACUGGUGCAAGUCCAAGAAGGCAGCAUUUUCCAAAUACUCAAAGAAGUACGAAAAUGAGGAUGGCAAAAAGGAUAUUCAGGCACAGCUUGAGAAGAUGAAGAAAUAUGCCUCCGUUGUCCGUGUUUUGGCACACACUCAGAUUAAAAAGAUGAAAGGCUUAAAACAGAAGAAAGCACACCUGAUGGAGAUCCAAGUGAAUGGAGGAGAUAUAGCCCAGAAGGUUGAUUAUGCUUACAGUUUUUUUGAGAAGCAAAUACCUGUAGAUGCUGUCUUUCAGAAAGACGAGAUGAUUGACGUAAUAGGGGUGACCAAGGGUAAGGGUUAUGAAGGUGUUGUUACCCGUUGGGGUGUGACACGUCUUCCUCGGAAGACCCAUCGAGGCCUCCGUAAGGUGGCCUGCAUUGGUGCAUGGCAUCCGGCUAGGGUUUCAUUCACAGUGGCCAGGGCAGGGCAGAAUGGUUACCACCACCGCACAGAGAUGAACAAGAAGAUUUAUAAGAUUGGAAAGGCAGGAGAGGAAUCUCAUUCUGCCGUCACUGACUUCGACCGAACUGAGAAGGAAGUAACACCUAUGGGAGGCUUUCCACAUUACGGUGUCGUGAAAGAUGACUAUAUAAUGAUCAAAGGAUGCUGCAUGGGACCGAAAAAGCGGGUCAUCACUCUGAGGCAAUCACUGCUUAAGCAAACUUCCAGGGUUGCAAUGGAGGAGAUCAAGCUCAAGUUCGUCGAUACCUCAUCGAAAUUCGGCCAUGGGCGGUUCCAGACCACUCAGGAGAAGGCCAAGUUCUAUGGAAGGCUCAAGGCAUAAAUAAUAAGCUAAACAGCAACCAAAUCCGAGUGAAACUCAAAAUCAGCAUUAGUAUUAAUUCAGAAGCUCCGGCAUUGUUCCUCUGUUAAAUUUUGGAUAUUUUUAUGUUUUUGAUGAUGUUGAGACUUUGAUUGUUUGUUUGUUUUCUAUAUUUUUUUCCCUAAUAUCUGCCA